GCCUAUCCGGGAACUACCGCUGACCUCCGGAGUAGGAUCGGAAACAUGGCGGAGCCCUCCCUCGGGAGUUCGAGCCCAGGAGGUUCAGCAGGUUCCGAUGACCAUGACUUCGAUCCCUCGGCAGACAUGCUCGUCCAUGACUUUGACGAUGAACGCACGUUGGAGGAGGAGGAGAUGCUGGAGGCUGCAGAUGAGACCAAUGCUAACGAGAUAGAAGAUCUUGCACGGGAAGGAGAGAUGCCCAUUCAUGAGCUGUUGAGUCUAUAUGGCUACGGAGCUGGUUCACCUGCAGAAGAAGAUGAAGAGGAGGAGGAGGAAGAUCCUGAGGAGGAAGAAGAAGAGGAGGAGGAAGAAGAGGACUUGGACAAUGAUGAAAACAGCAGAAGCACUGGCGAGCUGAAAAGAAAUGAGGCUGAGGGAUUGAAGACCUCAUCAGGACAGGAAGAUGAAGCUCAACCAACCACUGAGGGGCGCACACGCUCUGUCCGGUCCCUUGGAACAGCAGAACUCAUACGCCCAAAGAAACUCAAAUACUUUGAAAACAACAAUGAUGCAGAGGAGGAGUCUGAUGAGGAUGAGGACUACAUCCCUUCUGAGGACUGGAAAAAGGAGAUCAUGGUGGGCUCCAUGUAUCAGGCAGAAACACCGGUGGGGCUCAGUAAAUAUAAGGACAAUGAGAAAGUGUACGAAAAUGAUGACCAGCUAUUAUGGAAUCCAGAGUGUCUGUCUGAAGGCAAGGUGGUAGAGUUCUUAACAGAGGCAUCGAGGAGAACUGGGGAGGAAAAGGGAGUAGAUGCAAUCCCAGAGGGAUCUCAUAUCAAGGACAAUGAACAAGCAUUGUAUGAGUUGGUGAAGUGUGAGUUUGACACAGAGGAAGCUUUGAGAAGAUUGAGGUUUAAUGUAAAGGCAGCUAGAGAAGAGCUAUCUGUCUGGACUGAAGAGGAAUGUCGAAACUUUGAGCAAGGGCUAAAAGCUUAUGGGAAAGACUUUCAUUUAAUACAAGCCAACAAGGUGAGAACUAGGUCUGUAGGAGAAUGUGUGGCCUUUUAUUACAUGUGGAAGAAGUCUGAGCGUUAUGAUUUCUUUGCACAGCAAACCCGACUUGGGAAAAGGAAAUACAACCUUCACCCUGGUGUCACAGACUACAUGGACAGGUUGCUGGAUGAGACGGAGAGUGCUACGUCCAGCAGGGCAGCAUCACCCCCUCCCACCAACUCCAACAGCAGCACCAGCCACUCAGAGAAAGAGGACGGUAGCAGUCAGAAUGGUAUAGCGAGUCACAGUUCGAGCUUUGUGGAGGGCUCCCAGUUGCCUCAAGCAAACAAAAUCAAACCUGAAACGAUCCAGUCCAACGGUCCCUCCCAUCUUCUGUUGAAUGCUCCUCCCCUCACCUCAGACAAUGACUCUAAUGGCUGCAGUCAGCCUAGCGCCCCCAGCCAUGAUCGGAAUGGUUCUCUGGAGGCCCACCUAGACCACGGGGAGACUCCUGUGGUGUAUGACAGGCCAACCAAGAGGUGCAGGACGGAGGCUGAGCCUUUGGGCCAGAGCGAGCUGGAACCUUCCAGAAUGCAGGAGAACUGAAGGGUGAUCAUGUGACAUUGCCUAAAGAUGUUGAUUUGGGGUCUUUUUUUUUCUGUUACUACCACUUACCCCAUUAAUGGGCUGGGUAAUGAAGGGGGGAUGGUAACUGAACCCUAUAGUCAGCCUUUAAGUGCAGCAUAGACUCGGAACGAUGACCCAAUGAUUCACUCCACUGUAAGGCCAAAGGCCAGUGAAAAACACACCUUGAGGAAACCAACCAACCAAAACCCAGCCAGCCCACCCCAUAAUGAAAGGAAAGGGCAGAAGUCUGAUUGUAAAGGAGCAUCCCCUCAUCCAUCCCCUUGCUGACUGCCCCCAGUCUAGCAAAACCUGUGCUCCGCCUCUUAUCCCAAAGUACCACAGCCCCUCCUUAAAUACUCACACCUACCAGGAUUAUCAUUCAUUCCAGAAAUGUGUUCCUCAACCCAUUAUCAAUAUUUCCAUUUUUCCUGUUUUUGGAGACUGAUAUCAAAAUUUUACAGAGAAAAUGCUUUCUUUCUAUUUGUAUCUGAAGAUGAUUAAUAAUCACCUGUGAUAUUUUUUUACGUGAAAUAUAUUUAUAUUUUUUAAAAGGAAAAAAAAGCAAUUUGAAUGGGUAUUCACUGUCCAAGCCAUUUUAGCCCAAGAAAUAGGGAGACCCCUAAUGGGAGCAGCCGAAAGAAGAAGAAGAAUAUAGGUUGUCAUAAAGAGGCCGGUUAGGCAAAUAAGCUAGGUUGGCUGAUGUGGUUGCUAGUUCGCUAUAGUUGCAUUUUCAUUUGAUGUUUCUCUUUACUGAAAGGAGCAGCAGAGAUAACCAGCGGCAUAACAUUGUUGCACCUUUAGUUCAUAAACUUCUUUAGCCACUGCCAUGGCUAAAUACAUGCCAUGGCAUGUAUGUUCAUGUAUGUUCGAUUAUAAUAAAUGAACCGAUGGGUAUCGGCCCUGCUCCAGGUUUGUUUGUGUAAAGCAGCUGACAUCAGUGAUGUCCUGUAUAAUAACUCAUUGGUUAGAAGAUUGCUGUAUUUUUGGAUUUUCACAGUCGUGCUUUGCUUCGUCUCCUUGUUUUUACUAGACAGAAUGACCAUUUUUAUUGUAAAGUUUGUAUAGAUUUCUUAAUCUUGUGCAGUUGGUACACUUUUUGAUAACUGUCUGUUGUCCAUCUGUACUUCAUGGUCUGUCUUGUGUGCUUUUUGUUUAAAAUCUCUGGUCUUCUUUUCCUCUGCCAUAGAAUGUAAUAAAAAGUAGCCAUUCCGUUUUCCUCUGCUGUUGGCAGCAUUAUCCAUUCCUGUGUUUCAGUGUGGUCAAUUGAAACAUUUGCAGCAAUGCCAUAAAAACUUGUGCAUAAAAAUACUCCCCAACAUAGGAUAUUUGCUGGUUUCCUUUUAGUUUGAAAACUGCACAGUUAAAAGGACUUCAGUUCAACCAGCAUUUGCUCUGUUAGGACUAAAUAAGUAGCUUUGGUACUAAGAAUUCCUGUUGGUUGUUGUAGGGACCACUUUGAAGCAGGAGGAUGUGGUUUAAAAAAUUAUUUUCUUUGGUACAGUAGCAAUUCUGUUUGGUAUAUUGCGUGCCAUUCCUUGGGCAUGCAUUUGUGUUUUGCUUUGUAUGUCUCUCUUUCUUCCUCCCCAUCAUUCAGCCUCAAGUCUCACACCACCGGUCCCUCCAUGUUAUCAUGGCCGGCCAAGUCCUUUCAUAUUGGGGUCUGCAUCUGAAGUAGCGUUGUCCAUUCCCUGCCUUCUGUACAUCCUAUUUAUAUUUAGUCAGUAUACCUUUAUAGGUAGUGUGUAUCUGAUUAAUUUGUUACUCUAUGAUAUUAGUUAAUCAGUAUUCAGUCCUUAAAUCGUUAUCCUCUAAGCAACAGUUCUUUGAUUUGGCAGCACUGUUGAUCCUUGCCCCGCCCCCCCUCCCCCGUGUUGCUUAUUGAGCAUCAGUUCUGUAAAUCUUGUAAAUGGCACACUGCUCACAGGUUCACU